AUGGCAGCCUUGCUGAGCCGCCCCUGCUUCAUCUCCCUCCACAUGCCCUACAGGAAGGGCUGGGCCCAGGACCUGGCCAGCACCUUUUGCUUCCAGCCGGUGGCCAUGCGGGAGACGCCCCGGGUCCGGCAGCUGGCCUUGCGACGGGGAUCCGCCAUCUUCCUCGUCAACGAGCGCCUGGUGCCGGGACCUGCCGACGCCUCCUCCCGUGAUUUCCUCUACGAUGUGGACCCCCAGCCCACCUUGGGCACAGCCUCCAAUGUCUGCUUUGAGGUGGACGACGUGCCAGGGCUCUGCAAGCGGCUGCAGAGCCGGGGGUGCUCCCUGCCGGUGCCCCCCACCGAGGUGAGGGAUGACGGCGGCUCCGUCACCUACGGGGUGGCAAGCUCCAUCGUGGGCAACAUCAGCCAUACACUUCUGGACCGAUCCCGCUACCGGGGACCCUUCCUGCCUGGCUUCCAGCCCAUUCAAAGAGCCCCCUCGGCCACGGGGGACGGGAUCAAGAUCACCCAUUUCGACCACAUCACAUACGUCUGCCCACGGGGCGGUACCCGGGCGGCUCUGGACUGGUACCAGCACUGCUUCGGCUUCCGCCGUUUCUUGCUGAACCCGCAGGAGAGGCCAGCCGAGGGGUAUGUGCUCGGGGGGCAGGGGGUGGGCAUGCUGCUCCUUGCUCUGCAGAGCGCCCAGGGCGCCCCGCCACACGGCUGCAAGCUCAUCCUCGCCGAGUCCCUCUCGAAGGACGGCACCAACCAAGUCGACACCUUCCUAGAGCAGCACGGCGGGGCUGGGAUCCAGCACGUCGGCCUCCGCACCACCGAUAUUGUCACCACGACCAGGGCUUUGCAGCAGCGGGGUGCACGGUUCUUCACACCCCCUGCCACCUAUUACAGCCAGGGGGGCAAAGCGGAGGAGAUCCGGGUGGCCGGGCAGGACCCCCACAGGCUGGCAGAGCUCGGCAUCCUGCUGGACACCACAGCACCUGGGGACAAGGGCCGGCCGGGCACUGAUGCCGCAGAGGGCCCUUCCCAGGAGUAUUUGAUGCAGAUCUUCACCCAUCCCAUCUUCUCCGAGGAGACCUUCUUCUUGGAGCUCAUUGACCGGCGGGGAGCGCCAGGCUUCGGGGAAGGCAAUAUACAGGCACUGUGGAAGGCUGUGCAGGUCUAUAUGGACCAGCAGCAGUAGUGGCAAUGCUGCAAUCCUCCUCCCUCAGCUCCCCAUCCUCUCC